CCACCACACCAUGGCUCUCAAGCAAAUCCUAGUCCUCGGCUCGGGCAUGGUCGCUCGGCCUUGCGUUGAGUACCUCUCUCGCAAUGGAAAGAACGAGAUCACAGUCGCUUGCCGCACACUACAGACUGCAGAAAAGCUGACCCAGGGCCUCAAACACACCAAGCCGGCACGCCUGGAUGUCGAGUCAGAUGAAGAGCUCGACAAAGCAAUUGCUACGUCGGACCUCGUUAUAUCGCUCAUUCCUUAUGUGUAUCAUCCAAAGGUCAUCAAGUCGGCGGUCCGCAGCAAGAAGAAUGUAGUGACGACUAGCUACGUCUCACCAGCUAUCAGAGCACUAGAGGAUUCCAUCAAAGAAGCUGGUAUUGUGGUGUUGAACGAGGUCGGCGUGGAUCCAGGUGUCGACCAUGUAUACGCUGUUAAAACAAUCAGCGAGGUGCAUGCGCAGAACGGCAAGAUCAAAGAGUUCUACUCAUACUGCGGCGGCGUCCCGGAGCCUGCAAUUGCUGACAAUCCACUGAGAAUGAAGUUCUCUUGGUCACCACGAGGUGUUUUCAUGUCCCAGUGCAACUCGGCUUCUUUUUACAAGGAUGGCAAGCAGGUGGAUAUUCCAGCAGAAGACCUAAUGGCUGUUGCUGCUCCAUACCAUGUUGUUGAUGGAUAUGACUUCUUGGCUUAUCCGAAUCGCGACACGAAGCCGUUCAGGGAGCUGUACAACAUACCCGAAGCUCACACUGUCAUCAGAGGCUCUCUAAGAUACGACGGAAAUCCUCAGCUGACGAGAGCUCUUCUUAAGCUUGGAUGGCUAGAUACGCAGCCAAAGUCAUGGCUGACUGCAGGUAUCUCAUGGGCGGACGCAACUGCGAAAGCUGUGAAUGCGGCUGACUCGAGCGAAGCAUCUUUGAUUGCUCGCAUCAAACAGAUUCUGAGCUAUGCUGAUGAGAAAGAGCAAGACUAUGUAAUUGCUGGACUCCGCUGGAUGGACUUGUUCUCAGACACCAAACCAUCAGUGAAGGGCAGCCUACUUGAUACCCUCGCCGAGCACCUGCAAAAUAGAAUGAGCUUCAAACCUGGAGAGAGAGACCUUGUUAUGCUGCAGCACAAGUUUGUGAUUGAGUGGUCGGAUGGCAGUAUGGAAACACGCACAUCUACCCUAGAGCUGUUCGGCGAUCCAAAGGGCUACUCUGGCAUGUCACUCUCUGUCGGCGUCACAUGCGGCAUUGCCACCCAACUUCUACUCGAUGGCCACCCGGCCUUCAACACACCUGGCAUCCUAGCACCAUAUUCUGAUGAGAUCUGUGAGCCUAUCCGCGAAAGGAUCGAGCAAGAGGGUAUCAAGAUGAUCGAAAAGACUCUCUGAACGCGGUAAUGAUUACACCUAGUCAGACUUCGUUCUUGAAAAGUUAGAGUCAGCGGCUAUCGAGCCGUAUAGACAAUUUUGCCCCACUGUAUGAUCUAUGCAGUCACCUGAGUCCUGCCAUGCUCAUCUAUGUGUCCCAGAAAAUUUAUCUUUCCUGUCAGGAGCGCAUUCGAAGCCUGCACUCUAUUGUCCGCCCUGAACAGCUGAUACUUUGCACGAUGCCAGCUUUCUCCGGUCCACUCUCGUCCUUCGCCGUCGUGAAACUUUGCACCCAACUCCGGACGAUGGAAGAAGGCAAGAGAAAAGCGUGUCGACGCAGUGAUCGGUACGACACGAUGCAAGCAGCUUUUGAAUCGCCGUUUACUCAUGAAGCUCAGCGCGUCACCAACGUUAACAAUAAUACAACCUGAUUGAGGUAGAGCGGGUGCCCAACAAGCUGUCGAUUCGCGCCAGAUGUCCAGUCCUGGUGUUUUGGUGAAAAGCAGAGUGAGCGAGCCCACGUCCGUGUGUGCCAUAUGACCUGCAUUACCCCCCUCGAGGGCCGAUGAUGGCGGGUACUUCAACAAGGCCAGGGACGUGGUUGACAUUUCGUCCAAUCGAUGGUUUUGCUGAAAAGGCACGUCUUGAGCUCCCAGUACGCUCGACAAGCGUUCCAGUAUUAGCUGACACACUCUGUGACAUUCGAUUUCAAACCAGCAUAGCAAAUCAAGCUUGUUUUCGAUCGCAGCAGGCCAGGCCAAAAGAUUCUCCUGCAGCCCGACUAGAGCGUUCAACGGCACGAGAAAGUUCUCAAAAGCAUCUCGCUUGCCUUGUUUGACUCCACUGUGUUUCCCGAGCGUCUUGUAUCCGCCCAUGUGCAAAUUUGUGAAAUGAUCCAUCUCAUAAAGCAGCUUUUCGUGGACCGGAAGAUUGAAAAAUGAGUCUGCUGCUACGGAAAUCUGGUCGGCUGCAUCGAAAAGAAUUUUUGCGCUUGAGAUGUCGAGGUAAAAGCAACCGUCGUUUGAAGCGGCUUCGACCAGUCUCUCUACGGCUUUCUGUUCAUUUGAGAUGAGUGCUUCGAGUGGUAUCGUUGCAAGCAUGGUGUCUAUCGUUACCUCAACCUAUAUUGAAU